UUGCCCCUGCCAUCGCACUGCGUUCCCGUCAGAAGCGGUCAGACCUCCUCCACCACGAUGUUCAGUGUCAGGGUAUUCCUACAAAAAAUCCUGAUUCUUCUGCACGUUACUGCGUGCGUUGUUGUCGGCAAAACACUGAUGAUACUGUUCCCCAACGCCAUGAGGAGACACAUCCUAAAACAGGGCGAAAGGAGCAGAAUGAACGAGAAUCCAAAGUUCAGCUACGAAAACUGGGGUCCGACUUUUUUCAGCUUCAAGUAUUUGCUCUUUGUGCUGAAGGUGAAGUGGAAGAGGCUGGAGGACGAAGCCCACGAGGGACACCCUGCUCCCAACACGCCGGUGGUGACUUUCAACGGGGAAGUUCGUCACCUCUUUGAUUUCAUGCAAGAUAACCGACCUUUAAUCCUGAAUUUUGGAAGUUGCACCUGACCUUCGUUUAUGUUAAAAUUUGAUGAGUUCAACAAGCUCAUCAAAGAUUUCAGCUCUAUAGCAGAUUUCCUUAUCAUCUACAUCGAAGAAGCUCAUGCAGUAGAUGGAUGGGCUUUUAAAAACAAUAUUGUUAUUAAAAAUCACAGAAGCCUUGAAGAUCGAAAAAUUGCAGCACAAUUUCUUCAGAAAAAUAAUCCUUUAUGUCCAGUGGUUUUAGACACUAUGGAAAACCUGAGCAGUUCAAAAUAUGCCGCAUUGCCAGAACGACUGUAUCUACUUCAAGGAGGGAAGGUCAUCUACAAGGGAGGAGUGGGGCCUUGGAAUUAUCACCCCCAGGAAAUACGCGCCAUCCUGGAAAAAAUUAAAUAGAAAAAGAAGAGCAGAGGACUUCAGAGUAAAAGCUAUCUGGAUAAAAAAGCUCAAUGACUAAGUUUUCAUAGAUAUAAGAAGAAAAAAAAAGAAUUUAAAAAUAACAAUAGAGACAACAAGACUACUGUAUGUACAUCUAAAGACCACGUGUAAUGUGGUUCAUUAUGUGUUUGUCUAGAGGUUUUCAAGUCUCAUCACUACAACCCCAACUACUGCACUGUAGUACCUUACUAUGCUUAUACCACAUGGAGUAAUGAACAGCAGUUGGGUUCAUUGAGCUGUCAGGACUGGAUACCAAUGUUUACAUUUGUAAGGAAUAUCGUGCAGGAUAAACAUCACGGGUGGUGACAGUUGCAAAAGUCGACUGGCAUGCAAAACAACUGAUUUCACAUUUUUAAGAUUCUCUUUCUCUUGUAUACAUACAAUUUUCCUAAACGUUCACUUUCACUGACUUCAGAAGGCUUCUGAAUAAGACAAUCUCUAUCAGCAUUUGUUUCUAUUAAUAUUUGUUAUGACAGUCAUAGCAUAAAGCACAGACGGCCGUGACCUGAUUGUAGAAAAUAUUUAUAGAAACAAGGGAUUGAUCUGCAAUUAUUAAAAAUCCAUCAGAGCACUUCAA